CUAGCUUCCUAAUUUGUCGAAAAUGGCGGCGAUGUUUCAGCACGUGUUAGCGUUGCGUACUUUGCGCAGCUUAUUUAUUCAAACUUGCUCUCAGAGCAUGGCUAGCCUUUGACGAAACUGUUGUCGGAAUGACCCGGACACUAAGCUAGUGCUGAGCGCUUGUACUACGUUAAGCAUUUUUCACUUCUAAUUUCCGGCAGUGUCAAGCAGGGCUUGGAAGGUGAUCGCGCGGAUCCUAGCGUGCUCAUGCAAAAUGCCGGCGGGAAUGGAACACCCGGCAGAAUAUUACAAGAAUGUUGCUGUUUCGCCGACCUCUGUCAACGGUGAAACGACCAAGCUUGCGGGCAGUACCAGUAAUGGCGCAGAACUUUCUGCUGGGAAGACCCUGACCGGGAAACGAGCGGCUGACGAUGCUUGUGGUGAAUCCAAAAAGCCACGUCGAGAAGAGGCCUCGGAGGUAGAAGACGUGAAGGUGCCACGAGAGGUGCAGCUGUUUCAAUUCCUGGGAAGCCGAGCAGAUGAGAUCGCAUCACUCGUGAAAGAUGUUGAGCGCAAGUACCCGAAGCUCAUCUCGCAGCAGGUGCCUCGGCACAUGCGGAGGCGUACAGUCAGCCACGACAAGAGGCGCCUGCCCAAGCGCCUCCGAGACAAGCUUGCACAUGAGCCCGACCCACCCAAGGGCAAGCGUCCCAGCCGCAAGCACCGCCGUCGGCCACGCAACCUGCUGGCAGAGUAUGCGCGGCGUCAGCGGCGCCACGUCUGGCUCGAGACCCACAUCUGGCAUGCCAAACGUUUCAAGAUGGCCGACCUGUGGGGCUACCGUGUGCCGCUCCACCCGACAGACAAGGGCAUUCGAGCAGCCUAUCGGGGCAGUGCCAAGCACGUCUUGCUCCAUGACUUGUCCUACUACAACUGCAUCGAGCUGAUUGGCAAUGCAGAAGAGCUUGUCUCCAAGCUGGCACUCGUGACGAAUCCAGACACAGGUCUUACAUUUGGAGCCAAGUCCUAUCUCCCUGGAAUGCGGGAAGGCACAGUUGUGCUGUACCACCGUGACUGUUACCCAUUUGGUGCCAUCGGACCAGCGAAGUUUCUCUGGCGUGCCCCUGCUAACCAGAGUGACAUUUGCGAUGCAAAAGGCGAUCGCCAACUGUGGCUUUGGGUGCACCCCACCAUUCACAGCGAAGUGUCUGAAGAACUGGUGGCAUUGUUUGAUCUUCGAAGGGUGCAAGCAAGGCCGGCACCCGUGGUGAUUGCAGAAGUGAAGGUUCCAGGCAGUGGUGUUAGCGAUAAGUGCGAGAGUGGUGUUCAAGUGCCCGGUGAAAGAGAUACAACUGACGACUCUCAACGUGUGAAGUGUGGAGACUCGGCGCUUGCGACGAAGGAUGAGUCAAAGGCAGAAGCAAAGGAUAGCUCAGUUACAAAGGAGAGAACCAAACGCGACGAGCCAUCGGAGCAGUCAACAGUUUCUGCCGACAGGACAGAGUCUGAAAGGGAGGCACAGACCAGUUCUCGAAGAGCACAGAAACGGGAAAGGGGGGCGACAAAAAACCGUAUGCAGUCAUCGAAAAGAAGAAACACCAAAGAAAAGAAGGCAGCCUUCACUGUUCCUGCUGACAAAACAGAAUUGGAACUAGACGAGGCAUCAUCGGUUGCCGAGGUGCUGCAGUUGCCUGUGUACACAAACGGCUCGGUGACGAUGGUGCAACUCAAGGAACAGAUGGUGAGAUUCUCAUUGACGGGGCCGCUUGCGACAGGCGUCAUCCUCAACACGCUCGUGCCAUCCCUGGAAGCUGCGUCACCGGAGACUAACUUGUGGUGGAACGAGCGGGCGGAGGAGAAGGAAGCACAGGAGGCGGCCUGGGAGAUGCUGCAGAGCGAAGGCGCCGAGUGCGAGUCGGCGCUGCUUCCCCGUGUCCUGGGGCGGACCGUGAGGGACCCGCGGAUCCUUUUGCCGGCCUGCAAGACCAAGGUGACUGGCCACUGUCCACCAGACAAACUCAACGGGCUGCCUCUGCUUCCACGGGCAAGUGAUUCAGCAUUGUGGGACCCACUACUGCGUGACGCUGUGUCAUCCCAGAAAAUGUCGGAGGCUGAGCUGAACCGACUGAGAUCGCAGAGCCCCAGGCCUGGCAUGCUACUUGAGCUGGGAGACGCCGAAUCUAGGAUACCUGUCAUGGCUAUUCGGAAGGAAGGUUCCCGAACCAACUUAGGUUUUGGCAGUGGCUGGGACCUGAUCCUGCCAGCAGGCUGGGGUCGGCCAUUUUGGAUAGCUCUGGUUUACCGGGGUGCCCGUGCAUCCGGCCUCAGGGAACUGCGGAGCCUCUCGCUGGAGAUGGGCCUGCCCUGCUUUCCCUUUGACCACCCAGACACGGCGGCCACCCAGCGGUCUGAGGAGGACCAGCGCCGGGAGCUCAUGACCAAGCACCUGAGGUACCCUCCAGACAAGCGGCCGUCAUUCCAGAAGCUGCGCAUCUCUUGCCCUUUCUUCUUCCCGUGGUCGCAACUUGUUCAAGAGUGGCGCAGCACACCGGACCAGCCGAGUGCCGACGUCGAACAUGACAGGUUGACUUUCUACGUGCUCAGAAGCCGCAAAGUCCUGAGGAGGCUGGCGGCUCUGUUUGCAGAUGCCAACAAGAAGCGGAAGAAUGGUGUGGUUUCAACGGCAGCAGCGUCUAAGCAAUUGGACGAAAUCCGUACCACGGCACGGGCAGCGAACCUGGAUCUCUCGCAUGCGCUUGUCUGCGUAGAACUUUCCAGCUGUUCAAGGGGAGUACCGAAACGGUUUGACUCCAUCUCUCUACCCACAACGGAGGACAUGCUGGCAGUAAAGCAAAGCAAUUCUGCUGACUCGGCGGAAGCGCCAUGCGAGCGCCUGAGGAGGUUGAAGAAACUGAAAGACGCCAAACCGAAGAAGAGAAAAGCACCCAGACCAACAGUUGAAGAGUUGUUGGCGAGGCCGGCAGUAAGUGGGGUGGUCAAAAGUUGCUCAAGACUUUUAUUGGGGGGUGUGGUAAGCGGGGACUACUGUUUCUCGUCGGCGUGUGGCAGGGGACUUGGUUACUGCACGUUUGAAGGACUCGCUCAUCUCGUGCGGACUUCUGCUUCGGCCGGUGUUAGGCCACUUGUGUUGUUCAGGCAUCAGCACUCUGUUCAAUACAGGUACGCAACUUUACGCGUUCUAGAGGAAUGCUAAGGCUCGACUUGGUGGAGCUGUAAAUUACAUAACAGUUUCUUGCCUGGGGAUCACUCAUUUCAUACAAAUGUCUUCCUGAUGUUGAUUUGCCUGUUGGGUUAAUGCAUCAAUGUUUAUAUUGUAACACAGAUGUUGAGUGUGUACACUGUGUGAUAUGUUCCGUAGCUCAAGCCGCCAGAUGCAUUGUGGUUGUAUAUUUUGUGUAAGAAAGGUCGUGUGCAGCAGCAAUGUGCAAUGAUUUGUGCAAGCAUUCUUCCCGGAUGGCAUGGCCCGAGUCAUCUUGUUAUGACAUUGAAGUUGUAAAAUAAA